AUGCUUGCUGCGUGUGUGUUUCUGGUGAUGUCUGGAGGGCAGACCAGCGGAGAGGCUGUUGGUGCCAGGCAGCGACGCAGGACCAGCCCGAGUGCUGAGAGAGAAGCCCUGGAGGAACCUUCCUCGCCACCCGCUGCCCACAAACUCUCACCCAUGUACCCUAAGGAGGAGCACAACGUGGGGGGCAUCAGCUCCUCUGUCAACUACCUAGAUGGAGCUUAUGAGUACCCGAACCCCACACAGACCUUCGGCACCUCGUCGCCUGCAGAGCCUGCUUCAGUGGGAUACUACCCAGCUCCCCCAGACCCCCACGAGGAACAUCUCCAGACGCUUGGCGCUGGAUCCAGCAGCCCCCUCAUGUUCGCACCCUCCAGCCCACAGCUGUCCCCGUAUCUGAGCCAUCACGGAGGACACCACACCACCACUCAUCAGGUGUCCUACUACCUGGACUCUUCGUCCAGCACCGUCUACAGGUCCAGUGUGGUGUCCUCUCAGCAGGGAGCCGUGGGUCUGUGUGAGGAGCUGUGCAGUGCCACCGACAGGCAGGAGUUGUACACUGGAUCCAGAGCGGCCGGAGGCUUUGAUUCAGGGAAGGAGACACGCUUCUGUGCGGUCUGCAGUGACUACGCCUCUGGAUAUCAUUACGGAGUCUGGUCCUGUGAGGGAUGCAAAGCUUUCUUUAAGAGAAGCAUUCAAGGUCACAAUGACUAUGUUUGUCCAGCGACCAACCAGUGCACUAUUGACAGAAACCGUCGGAAGAGCUGCCAAGCAUGCAGACUGCGCAAGUGUUAUGAAGUAGGCAUGAUGAAAGGAGGUAUUCGUAAAGACCGCGGUGGGCGCACUGUCCGGCGUGAGAGGAGGAGAAGCAGUAAUGAAGAUCGAGACAGGAGCAGCAAUGAUCAGUGCAGCCGUGCUGGCGUGAGGACGACUGGCCCACAGGACAAGAGGAAGAAGCGCAGCGGUGGCGUGGUCAGCACUUUAUGCAUGCCACCUGACCAGGUGCUGCUGUUGCUGCUGGGGGCCGAGCCGCCCGCUGUCUGUUCACGACAGAAACACAGCCGGCCUUACACCGAGAUCACCAUGAUGUCCCUGCUCACCAACAUGGCUGACAAAGAACUCGUCCACAUGAUCGCCUGGGCCAAGAAAGUGCCAGGAUUCCAGGAUCUGUCUCUGCAUGACCAGGUUCAGUUGUUGGAGAGCUCUUGGCUGGAGGUGUUGAUGAUCGGCCUCAUAUGGAGGUCCAUACAUUCCCCUGGAAAACUCAUCUUUGCUCAGGAUCUCAUCUUGGAUAGGAGUGAAGGAGAAUGUGUUGAGGGCAUGGCUGAGAUUUUCGACAUGCUCUUGGCGACUGUGGCUCGAUUUCGGAGUCUCAAGCUCAAGCUGGAGGAAUUUGUAUGUCUCAAAGCCAUCAUACUCAUCAAUUCUGGUGCAUUUUCAUUCUGCUCCAGUCCAGUGGAGCCACUGAUGGACAACUUCAUGGUGCAGUGCAUGCUGGACAACAUCACUGAUGCCCUCAUUUACUGCAUCAGUAAAUCAGGAGCAUCGCUGCAGCUGCAGUCCCGUCGCCAGGCCCAGCUCCUCCUGCUGCUCUCACACAUCAGACACAUGAGCAACAAAGGAAUGGAGCACUUAUACCGAAUGAAAUGUAAGAAUCGAGUGCCGCUGUAUGACCUGUUGCUGGAGAUGCUAGAUGCUCAGCGGUUCCAGUCUUCAGGGAAGGUGCAGCGAGUGUGGUCUCAGAGCGAGAAAAACCCUCCAUCUACACCCACAACCAGCAGCAGCAGCAGCAGCAGCAGAAACAACAGUCCAAGAGGAGGAGCUGCAGGCAUUCAGCCCAACAGCGCCUGUCACAGCCAUAGCACUGACCCCUGACCUGUGCACUGCCACCAUAUAUACAAUCUGAAGAGCAGAAAUGAGGACUAGGGUUCAAAACAGUGCCGGAAUUGAAGUUCAGUCUCUUCUUGUGCCUUAUGAGAGUCUAAUAUUGAAACUGAGACAUUCGAAAGGGAAUUUGUUUGUAGAAGUCAAAAGUCAAAUCUUUAAAUAAGAAUAAGGGACCCAAACACUACAUAUUGAUGAUCUAUAUACGGUUGAUUUUACUGGGGUUUUGUGGAAGCUGAUUACAGGAAUUUGUUUUUCUCAUAGACUUAUGAAAAACACCAAAGUGGUGGAUUGAGAGAAACAGAGAGAGAUGCUAAUUCAUCUUUCAUUCUUUACAUCACAAACUCACGUAAAGCUCUCGUGCUGAUCAUAUGGCAGUCACAAAAUACUGGUUUAAUUUUCAAUAAAUUAAUAUAUUAUAAUAGUAUUUUAGUGUUAAACUAGUAUUUUGUGUUUUUAGGCUAUUUGAUUGUAAUAAAUGAUAUUAAUUCAAUGGUAAUUAUCCAUUUAUGACCUGGUAUCACACAUUUUUGAGCACAGAUUUUUGAGCAACCUUUAAAUGUUGAAUGCAGAAAUGAAAAAGUUGCACAUCCACACAGUAGGCUACCAAAAUACAGGUAAAUUACCUUUAAACGCUGCUCUGAUUUCCUCAUCUACAUUCUUAGUAAAGCCCAUGUUUGCAUUGCAAAAAAAAGAAAGAAAGAAAAAAAGAAGGGAUCAUUUUUUUUAAAAGUCCUUGCCAAUUUUAAGCCAAUUAUAACCAUUUGUUUUUGGUUCAAUUUGGAAUUUCCAUAACCUUGGCAGAGCUCGGGGGAUCAGAGUGAGCGCUCCUACCUGGCCCCACCCUGAUCCAGAAAGGGAUAAAUGAAAGCGCUCUGACUGAAUUUUAUGAUUGUUCCAGUAUUAUUACUGACAUGUUUAACUCUUUUUUUGUGUGUGUGUUUGUUUUUUGCUUCUACUUCUUUUAAUUUAAUUUUUAAUUUGUUAAAUAUGAGCUUGUUUUGUUUUUAAAAAAGGAUCCUGUUCACACACAAUCCCCUAAAAAGAUUAGUGAUGUUGCUUUUACAUGACAGUUUUUCAUGUUACUAAGCUUUUUAUCUAUAACAACAUGAUCACUGUAAUAUAAAGAGUGAACAGACAGAAAUCAGCCCAGGAGAAAAGUUACUCUUAGAACAAACGGGGAAACCACAUGAUUACUUGUAUAAGUGGUGUUAUGUUAAUAAAGUGAUUACUUUUCAUUGCGAUCAGGGAUAUAUUAUGGACACAAAUCCCUCUUCUAUUUUAAACGUUGAUAUGUAAUUUUAACUCUAACGGGGAAAGACUGCUCAGUGAUCAGUGGUCACAUUAUA